AUGUGGCCGUUGCCAAACACCCAGUAUGAUGUACGAGCUGCCUCCGCUGCGGAGAGUCUCGAGCAUGGCCAAGAAAAGGUCUUCUCGGACCCGAAAGAACGAUUCGAAAUCGAAGUUGCAGAGGUAACCUCAAAAGAGCCAGCGUACGGAUGGAGCCAUCUCCCCAUAACAAAGCCCGGUGCCAUAAAGCUCUUUUCAGCCCUCCGUGCUUUCCCCGAGCUGUAUCAAUAUAUCUCAGCGUUUAGUAAUAGAACUUUCCCUCGUGACGAGGGAUUUGCUGGGUUUGACUCUCAUACUACCAUUGGUGGCGACGCAAUUUGGACUUCAUUUGAAUCGUGUUACCUUUUGAAAUACAUUGAUAGACGAGAUGGAAUUAAGCAAGGUGCCAAUCCGUGGGCAAUCCGCAAUGCACUUAUUUACCAAAAGGUCAAUCGCAUUGACAGUAGGACCUCUCAUCUCCUAGCAAGACUCCCAACAGCAGUGAGCAGGUUACUCGGCACAAGUCUGCGAGAGUCUGGUGGUGGGGACUCAGUUUUCGUGCAGGAUUGGUCUCACCUCCACACAACAUGCUUUAGUAACAUCAAGGACAAUCUGCGCCAGUUUAUCAACUAUUUGGAUCACGAAAUUACAGACCUAUUACACCGGGUGAUUAUGGCUGGUGUGGAACCAGAAAAGCUUAAUGAGUUUGACAAGCUCCAAAGUACGGCUAGGGACUUCAAGGAUCUUCAAUAUCUUUCUGAUCAAAUUCGAAGAGUUAUCAGCAUUUUGGAGCUCAACAUCUUGACAUUAGAAAUCUUUCAAAAGAAAGUCCAGCAUCUUAUAACACUUAGUCCUCGUGCAUCUCCACAGGCUGUUGUUCUCGAGAGCUUCUUGGAGAAUCUGGCACGAUGCCAUACUGAACACCAGUUUGGUUUGCUGAACGCAUCUUCGGUUCUUAAACGAGCGAAUGCAACUUCUGAUCAGUUGAGAGACACCGUAUCCAUGAGAAAUGGAGAGUUCAACAAGACCAGCACAGAAAUGACGAGUCGCAAUACGUCUGCUAUGUGUCACCUAGCCAACAAAUCAGAACGAGAAGCUCACAUCUUGAAGACGCUCACAGUCUUGGCAUUGGUCUUUGUACCCGCUGGAUUCGUUGCGAUGGGCUUUGUAUCUUUGAAGCAAGAGAGCCCCAUGCAGUGGUCCGCAACACCUGACCUGAAGAUCUACGCUAUCCUAUCCAUUCCCUUGAUUUCACUAACGAUGCUGAUAUACGCGAUGGUGGAAAUGGUCCAAAGACUGAAGGAAAGGAAGUUGGAGGCAAAUGGACAUGGUGUUGUUUGA